UAGUGACGCAACUGGCAGGCGCCCGGCCAGCCGUGGGUCUGUUGGCGCCCGGAUGGAGCGGGAGCAGUUGGCUCGGAGGAUGUCGGUGCUGCAGGCCUGCGUCCGGGGCUUCUUGGUCCGACGCCACUUCCAGAGUCUGCGAGAUGAGUAUGAAGCUAUUGUACGAGAAAUCGAGGGUGACCUGGGCACGCUUCAGUGGACAGAGGGCUGGAUUCCCAGGCCCCAGUUUCUCCCAGCGAAGGCAAAAUCCCAUCGGACCCGGAAACCCCAAGGGAGGGCACCAAAUCCAGAGCAGGAACUGCGGAGCAGCUUCUCAUGUAAAGAACCUGAGAGAGAAGCUGUCUUGGGGGAGGUGAUGCUGAAGAAGUCAGGAGAGAGCUCCGCAAACUCAGGAAGUCUUCUCUGCAGAGGUGACAGCCCCUGGCUUCGGGAUGAGCACAGCAAAAAAGCCAGGAAUCCCAGCCAAGGGGAGACCAGAGAAGCUGCGGGUCUAGGACUGCCCCGCAGCCAGACUGAGCUCCAGGAGCUCCAGUACCACCACAGCCACUUGGCCAUGGAACUGCUGUGGCUACAACAGGCCAUCAAUAGCCGUAAGGAGUACCUAAUUCUCAAACAAACACUGACAUCCCCAGAGGCCAGCCAGCCUAGAGACAAGCCCAGCGUGUGCCCAGACCACAGGGCACAGACCUAUGAGAGGGCUGGGUCACAAACAAGCCCGCCACUGAAAAACCAGUCCUACCAAGACAGGACUGCUAGGGAGCCAGACCAUGUGGAUGACUGCUGGAGGCUCAAAUCACCACCCCGCAAGUCCCCAGAAAGACUGGCUACUACAGACAAAACCACGGCUGGGGUCAAGUACAGGGACCCAUGCUACAGGAGGGCUGGGCCACAGCUGCCCACACCAUCAGAUGACCAGACCUUAGAGAACAGGCUCGCCAGAGAGCCAGACCAUGGGGAACAGACAUUUGGACAGACCUGCCCGCAGCUAAUGACUGUCCUGCGCGACCACACCCCCAAAGGCCUCAAACCUAGGGGCUACCGUUCUGAAAAGGCCAGGACCCGGGUGCCCACACUCUGUGAAGACCCAGAUACUGAGGACAAGUCUCCCAGGAGGCCAGAACACAGAGACCCUGAUUGCCAAAGAGCUAGUCCACGGAAGUUAGACCUCUCAGAGGACUGUGGCAUCUGGGAUGAGACCUCGGCAGAGCAUGAUGGCCAGGGUCUCUGGAAGACUAAACCACCUAAGGGCCAGCUCCCUAGUGAGAAAAGCUCCAGGGAUAGAACCUCCAACGAACCUAGCCAUGAGGAAGGGAAAAACCAGAGGACCGUACCAUGGCGAUCAAGGCCGCCUGAGAAACUGUCUUUGACAGGGUCAGCCCACAUGGGGGAGGACCACUGGAGGGACAGGCCAUGGAAAACAGGACCACCAGGCUAG